CUCUAUUGGAUGCUUACACGAAAAUUGACGCGCAAAGCAAUUAGCAACCCUCCCAUUUUCUUCUAGCAUACCCUUUCUCGGCCGCGGCCCUUUCAAUUCAUCGAUCCACCGUACCACCGGCGGCCCAACCCCAGGUACAGAGAGGAACAGAAAAUGUUGAGGUUGCAAACAUAUGCAGGACUUAGCCUAGUAGCCACACUGGCUGUCAUUUAUCAUGCUUUUAACAGCCGAGGCCAAUUUUACCCAGCAACGCUUUACUUAUCGACAUCAAAGAUAUGCUUAGUAGUUCUUCUUAACAUGGGUCUUGUCUUUAUGUGUAUAUUGUGGCAAUUAACAAAGAAACUUUUUCUUGGUUCCCUUCGUGAGGCCGAGGUUGAGAGGCUUAAUGAGCAGUCAUGGAGGGAAGUAAUGGAAAUACUUUUUGCCAUUACUAUCUUUAGACAAGACUUCUCAGUUUCAUUCCUUUCCAUGGUUACUACCCUUCUGCUGAUCAAGGCAUUGCAUUGGUUGGCUCAGAAGAGAGUUGAAUACAUUGAAACAACCCCAGCAGUUCCGUUGUUAUCCCACUUGCGCAUUGUGUCCUUCAUGGGCUUUCUCCUAUUUAUAGACAGUCUCUUCUUGUACAGCUCCUUAAGCUAUUUGUUGCAGACAAGGCAGGCUUCAGUUUCUCUCUUCUUCUCGUUUGAGUACAUGAUCCUUGCAACAGCAACUGUGUCAACUUUUGUUAAAUAUUUAUUCUAUGUAAGCGACAUGCUUAUGGAUGGACAAUGGGAGGGAAAAGCUGUCUGUACAUUCUACUUAGAACUUAUCCGUGACUUGCUCCACUUGUCUAUGUACCUAUGCUUCUUCCUUGCAAUUUUUAUCAACUAUGGAGUACCUCUGCACUUGAUUCGGGAGCUGUACGAGACAUUUCGCAACUUCAAGAUUCGUAUUGCCGAUUACAUACGCUAUCGGAAGAUCACUUCAAACAUGAAUGUUCGUUUCCCAGAUGCUACAUCCGAAGAGCUUAAUGCAAGUGAUGCUACUUGCAUCAUUUGUCGAGAAGAGAUGACUACUGCAAAGAAACUCAUUUGUGGGCAUCUUUUUCACGUGCAUUGCCUCCGUUCUUGGCUGGAAAGACAACACACUUGUCCUACCUGCAGAGCACAAGUCGUUCCUUCGGAAAAUGGUCAAACAGGACCAACAGUACUCCAAUCUCAUUCUCAGCAAGGAACAAGUGUUGCAAGUUCAUCUCAGGGUCCACAAGCUGAUGGAGUGAGAAAUGGCAAUACUAACCAGCAUCAAGCGAGGAUACAAGCUGCCGCCGCUGCUGCUGCAAUAUAUGAGAAGUCUUUUGUUUAUACUUAUGCACCCGUACAGUCGUGGUCACCUGGAUAUGCCCCCCAUCAUCCCACCAACAAACCGGCUGACAAUGACUCUGUUAAUGGUAGUUCAGAUAGUGAGCAUUCACAGGCACUUCAGCAUGUUAACACAAGUGGGCAUCCAUCAUCUACUAAAGAUCCUCAACUUGAGUUCCAGAAGAAUCUUCUAGAACAACAAAUUAAGGUUUUGCAAAUGCAACUCAUGCUUCUACAGAACCCAACAAAUGCGGAGAACAAGACUGCAUCCGCAGAAACUUCUGAUGGAAAGGGAAAAGCUGUGAUGUCGCCGCCAUCUUAGCAUGUUCUGAGCUUUCAGGAUCUUGUGAUACAGUAGAUGUACAAGCGGCAGAUGCACAAGUAAGUUACACUACACGUUCAGGUCCGAAAGACAACUGAAAUGGAGUUUGUGUUUUUACCUCGCAUGUUACGUGGGGGGGGGGGGGAUUUGUUGUACCUUUGAGUUAUAGUUAGGCAAAUGUUUGUCUGCGUUAGUGCGACUAUGUGAAAGAACCAAUAUAUCAGUUAAGAAGACCUUAAAUUGUACAGCUUGUUUCUUUUUUCUUCUUUUUUUGGUCCUUUUCUCUCAAUGUGGUCCGAAGUUUUAUAUGCUGGCCAAAAAUAUACUUGCUGUUUUUCGAGCCCUUUCGGAAACCUUAGUUUUCAGUUUCUCAUAUGAUCGUUAUGAACGUGUGAUGCGUGUGUUGUAGUUGAAACUGAUGGGAAAGUGAAAACAUGAGUCGUGAAUUUGAAAAAAAAAACAGACGUUAUU